AUGGAGCGAGAUUUGAUACAGCAAGCUAACCAGCUUAGUACCAGAGAAGAGUACAUCGCGUGGGAACAGCGAUGCGACGAAUUCAUCGAAUCUCUGGAAGAACAGAGUCGGAUCAAACGCCCGCGAUUCUCGAUCGGUAAUAGACAAUCAGUGAUCGCACGUAUCUCGCGGCUUGAGAGUUUAAAGGAUUCAGUGCGCGGACGAUUCGUGUACGUGGGCGCCGGACAUGGACUCCGAUGGCGCGAGAUCGAGACGGCGUUCGAAAGCCGUAUUUUAACGGGCGCGGUGAUAAACUCUAAUCACAUCGACCCUCGCCGAUUCCUCGAAGACGUGAGUGAAAUUGCGCUCGAGCGUGUGCAGUGUGUUUUACAGAGAUAUGACUCUAUAAAGAUAAAUACUGUGUUUAACGGUGAAUUCGUGGCGGGUGACAAACGCGCGAACAAGAGCAUCGCAACCAGGAACUAUGAAAUAUAUCGAUGCACCGAUCAGCGCGAGUGGUACGUGUCGCGCGUCGUCGAGCCAAUCCUAGCAUCGCUCGAAGAGUUUCAAGAACGUGAUAGCGGAUGGGCACUGUCACGUAUAUUGAACUUGAUUGUUAAUGCGAAUAAACUGAAUCCUCUGCGCGCGGGAUGUCACAUCAAACUCCCGCGAGAAAUUAUGUUAAAGAGAGCGGUGAUCAAUGUGCAAUCCAAAGACACUGCUUGUUUCGCAUGGUCGGUGGUUGCAGCUCUACAUCCCGCCAAAAAAAAUGUGGAACGGAAAUCUUCAUAUUCACACUACUUAUCGGUACUAAAUCUCACGGGUAUUGAGUUCCCGAUGACGUUAAAUCAAAUUAAAAAAUUUGAAAAUCUCAACGACAUUUCCAUCAACGUCUACGCCAUCGAGGAUGGGAUCGUACCGAUACGACUCGCUGACCGAAAGAGAAACAAGCACGUGAACCUCCUAUACGUGCAGGAUGACAUCGAGGGACAUUUCGCGUUGAUCAAUAACCUAUCACGCCUCGUGAGAUCACAAAUAAGUAAAAAGAAGAACAGGAAAUAUUUCUGCGAUAGAUGCUUGCACUACUUUGGCUCGAGCGCUAAAUUGGACCUCCACAGCGUCGACUGUGGAAAAUUAAACGAUUGUGCAGUAAGGCUGCCGAGCGAGGACGACAAGUGGCUGAGCUUCCGCAAUCACUGCAGAAAGGAGCGCGUCCCGUUCGUAGUCUACGCCGAUUUGGAAUGCUCAUUGGAGAAAACGGAUAAGGAUCCAACAACCUCCACGUACACUUAUCAACAUCACAACGUUUUUAGUAUAGCGUAUUACAUUCAUUGCUCAUACGACGAUUCACUGUCGGGUUAUCGUUUUCGCCGCGAUAAUAAUUGCAUAUCAUGGUUCGCGGACGAAUUGAAAAAUUUAGCACAUAGUGUGCAAUCUAUAAUUUCGACCAAUGUUCCCAUGGAUUUCACGCGAGACGACUGUGAAAAAUUUAAUAGCGCCACGCACUGCCACGUAUGCGAAAAACCGUUCGCGAAAGAUGAUAAGCGGGCACGCGAUCACUGUCAUCUUACCGGGCGAUAUAGAGGUCCCGCGCAUUCAAAUUGUAAUUUAAAUUAUAAAGAUUCGCGAUGCAUACCCGUAGUCUUUCAUAAUUUAACCGGUUACGACGCUCAUUUCAUUAUAAAGGAAAUUGCAACUGCCUAUGAAGGACACGUUGAUCUCUUACCGAUAACUAAAGAAAAAUAUACCUCUUUUACUAAACACGUUGAUGAUACUAUAGAUGAUAAAAAAAAUUGUAUACAACUACGUUUCAUAGAUUCAUAUAGAUUUCUCGCUUCUAGUUUAGACAAAUUAGCAUCUUUUCUCAAUAAAGACAAGCUGCGGGUAUUGCGACGCGAAUUUUCACAUUUAUCGGAAGAAAAUUUCAAUCUUUUAACUCGAAAAGGUGUCUUUCCGUACGAGUACAUUGAUUGCAGUGAAAAAUUGAAUGAAUCGUGCUUGCCGCCUCGCGAUUCGUUUUACAGUUCAUUGACAGACGACACGGUAUCCGAGAGCGAUUACGCGCACGCUGUCAACGUGUGGCAGCGGUUCUCCAUCCAAACGCUCGGUGAAUAUAGCGACCUGUAUCUAAAAACAGAUGUAUUGUUGUUGGCCGACGUAUUUGAAAAUUUCCGCGACAGUUGCGUCGCGAGUUACGGGCUCGACCCCGCAUAUUAUUACACCUUGCCUGGCUUCACAUGGGAUGCCAUGUUGAAGCAUACGGGUGUAAAAUUUGAACUGCUCACAGACAUUGACAUGGUCAUGUUUGUCGAGCGCGGUAUACGCGGUGGUCUGAGCCAGUGCUCAAACAGGUACGCGCGAGCCAACAACAAAUACAUAUCGUCGUACGACUCAUCGAAACCAUCAUCGUACCUAAUGUACUAUGACGUCAACAAUCUCUACGGCUGGGCAAUGUGUCAACCAUUACCAUACGCUGAUUUUCGAUGGGUCGACGACGUGCAAAAUUUCGACUUUUCGACCAUCCCGCUAGAUUCACCUACAGGCUAUAUUCUCGAGGUUGACAUUGAGUACCCACAACAUCUCCACGACGCGCACACUGACCUACCGUUCUGUCCAACGCGAGAGAAACCACCCGGCAAGCGCGAUGACAAGCUCCUCGCGACGUUAUGCGAUAAGCAGCGUUACGUGAUUCAUUAUCGCAACCUGCAGCAGUGUACUCGUCACGGCCUCAGUAUCGCAAAGAUUCACCUAACAAAAUGGGAAGGCAGAUACGGUGCCGAAGCAAUGAUCGCGAAACCCAACUUUCACAGUCGUAGCGUUUUCUCGGAGAAUCUGGUCGCGAUAGAGCUGCGUAAACUCGAGGUGAAGUUCGACAAACCGAUAUACGUGGGUAUGUGCAUCCUCGAUAUAUCGAAAACGUGUUUGUACGAGUUUCACCACGAAUAUAUGGCACCGUUGUUUCACGAUAAAUGCAAAAUUAUGUAUACCGAUACUGAUAGCCUCAUAUAUCAUGUAGAAUGUGACGACGUAUAUGAAAUUAUAAAACGCGAUAUCGAUAGAUUUGAUACGAGCGAUUACUCUAUUGACAACCCGUACAGUAUUCCGCUCGCGAAUAAAAAAGUUCCUGGUCUUAUGAAAGAUGAAAACAACGGUGCCAUCAUGACUGAAUUCGUCGGGCUUAGAGCGAAAAUGUACGCUUUACGUGUACAAGGAAAGAAGGAUACGAAAAAAGCAAAGGGUGUCAAAAGCAAUGUUGUGGCAAGAUCCAUAACGUUUGAUGAUUACACGAAAUGCUUGAAUGAUGUUAUUGAAAUGAUGCGCAGACAAUCGUGCAUCAGAUCGAAAUUACACGAGGUGUAUACAAUAUCGGAAACAAAAAUCGCUCUAAGUCCACACGAUGAUAAGCGGUAUAUCGUAUCAGGUUCUACCAACACGCUCCCAUGGGGACAUUACCGGUGUAAAUAA